AUCGCCGCCGGUGAGGUUGUCCCGCGAACGCCGCGCUCUCUUCGGGACUCGCCGACCGCUCGCUCGCUUUGCGAGUUUUCACCACGCGCGCUUCUGGCAAGCAAGAAGUUGGUCGUUGGCGCGAUCGGGUGCGCUCCCGUGAGCACCGCCCCUCCUACUCCACCUCUCUCUCUAUAUAUAUUUAUUAAUUUCCUCUCUUUAGUUGAGUAAACCAGACUGGACACCAACGGUUGCCGAUCGGUCGUCUCGGCGUCCGAUUUCUGCUCCCCAGGUGAUCGCCUUUUUCGGCCUGACAGUCGGGGUGCCCCUUCGAAAGUGUUUGUCGACUGCGGUCCUGUCGUGCGGUGGUUUCGGAGUUCGCGGGCCGAGCAACAGUUGCUGGACGCGCGUGCGCGUCGUCGUCACGACCGGUCUCAGAUCUUGUCCUUCCAAUUUUCUGCCCGAACAGCGACGGCGUUCCGGGCUCGUACAAGUUUGCCGUGACUUCUGAGACGGCGACAGUCCUUCGCUGAAAAGUUCGUGCGGAAGUUUCGGUCGGGCGCGGACGUUGGCCACCCGUCAGUGACUUCACACGUAAAGCUGCUCCGCGCGCGCGCGCGCGUGAGCCACGCGGCUUCUUCUCAGUUCCCCGCGCGCGGUACCGCGGCAGCGAUGCCGACUUGUUUUGGCGUCGUGCAGCGGCGACAUGUGAAGUGACUGACUGAGUGAUCGGGCUGUUGUGACUUCGUGGACCACGCGUUUCGUUUGCCCGCUCCUCCCCCGAGUCGUCGUUGCGAAACCAUAUUGUGCGCGUGGCGGCACGUUUUUCGUCGGCGUCUGCUUCCACCACUACGUGCGUUCUUGUCACGCGCUUCCGUCGUGUGAGAGACAGCUGAGGCCGGACUCGACACAAGGGGCGCGCACGCGCGCGCGUCUCUCUCCUGCCGGCAACCGGACAGACACAACAACGACGUCGUGAGAGCCGGCAGCAGACGCGCGAUUUCGAAUCGCCCGCCGCGGCCCUUGUGCAAGUGAUCUUUCGAACGACGAGAAACUCAGUAUACCACGCGAUGCGUCUUCCGUGGCUGCUCGCUCUCAAGGCGCUCAUCGUGAUGGCAGUGCCGCAGCGACACGAGCUGUCCAACGCCAUCGAGGACGUGUCUUCAGCUUCGUUGUCUUCGACUGCCGCGCUCGCCGAGGAGCAGGCGUCUCCACGCCGUCACCACGGCCAGCAGCACCAGCGGCUCAAGGACGGGGCCGCCGUGUCCCGGUUGCUGCAGGUGUUCGGGCUGCGCGAACCUCGGCGCCGCGAGCGGCACCAACAGCCGCCCGUCUACAUGCUCGAGCUGUACAACGCCACCGCGGGCUCCGGAGGGAUUACGCGAUCGGCGAACAAGUACAACGCCAACCUGGUGCGCAGCUUUCCCGACCGAGUGCGACGGCACAACAAGCGUGGUAAGAAGAAGAGCAAGGACAAGAAGGCCACGAGGGGAAGCGGGGCCGCCAAAGAGAGUCCACUGCGCUUCUUCUUCAACGUGACGCCGAGCGAGUCGGCCAAGGAGGAAGUGCUGCAAGCCGAGUUCCACUUGUACAAGCUGCGUCCCAAACACCGGCCGCCGGACAGGCUUGGGGACGCCAAGUCGCAUCUGCUCGAGGUGCGCGUCUACCAGGCGAUGCCGGGUGUCUCUCCACUGCGUGAGGAGGGCCACCGACUACUAGACGUGCGGCGCAUGACGUACACCUCAGUUGGCUGGGAGGUGUUCUACGUGAAGGCUGCCGCCGUCGACUGGAUCAAGGACCCGUCUUCGAACCUCGGGCUGUUGAUGACGGUUCGCACGGCCCAUGGCCGCCGUUUGGAGGACGGCGUGCUUCGUUUCGCCAAGCGACACCAAGGUCACGUGAACAAGCAGCCCAUUCUGGUGGUGUUCAGCGACGACGGCAGGCCCAGCAGGGAGACGCUGUAUCCGACUGGCGCCUCCGGUGACGUCACUGGAGGAUUGCUUCCGGGACAGGCGACUGGCGCGAGCCUACCGGUCGCCGUGCCAAACAGCGAUGGCUUCACACUGGCGCCAAAUCCCAGGAGCGUGCGGGCGGCUCCGCAGACCUCGUCCUCUGGGGCCAAGUCUUUAUCUGGGGGCAAAGUGCACGACGAACCGUUCGGUUGCACGCGGCACGAGAUGUACGUGGACUUUGAGAAGAUUGGUUGGUCCAGCUGGAUCAUCUCGCCGAAGGGCUACAACGCGUACCACUGCAAGGGCCAGUGCUAUUUCCCGUUGGGCCAGAACCAGUGGCCUACCAACCACGCGACCGUGCAGAGCAUCGUCAACGAGCUCAGCUUGACAGCCGGAGUGGGCGCGCCCUGCUGCGUGCCCAACAAGCUCUACUCCAUCAGCCUGCUGUACUUUGACGAGAACGAGAACGUGGUGCUCAAGCAAUACGACGACAUGGUGGCCGCCAGCUGCGGGUGCCACUGAAACCUCCCGACGGCGCAAUGAGCGGGCGGCCAAGCGCGUGUGCUCUUUGACGACACCCGUGUUAUAGCCGGAUGGCUUCCCUUGACGCGGAGAUUGAGCCUAGCUGGACGCUAAGGAGCGGAGGACGAACGCAUUUUAAGUAAGUGAUGGUGCGAAGACAUUUGGACUUAGCUGCAUAUGUCCUGCUCGGGUCCUUGCGCUGGACGAGUGGCAUGGACGUCUAGCGUCGUUGCGGUAUUUAUGACAAUGGGAAGCCUCGUGGACUUGGCGGAAUCUCUACUUGGACUGUGUGCGUGACUCAACCACUACGACGUCUGGCGCAGUAAAAGAUGUGAAAUUAGCUGUAUGGUCUGUGUCCGAGAUGCUACUUAGACGUUUAACGUCUUGGCUGUCUCUUAGGCAACUUAUCGUGUAGGCAGCUGUCUUACUUUGUAACCCGUCAGCACUCGUUCGUUAUGCUUGCCGUAUUUGACCUGUAGACUAUAUAAAAACUGUCUUGAUGUUGAAAACGUUGACAGUAUUGGCAGUCGUAAAGGUGUUUAGUACCUUGAAAAUUGCCAGCUGUAGCCUACUGGUAAACAUUUAAGCUGGCCUGGCACGCCACUUGAUGUCAAUGCGGUGUGUGAUCUGCCCAAAGACGGUUGUCAUUCGCGUUGAGGCGCUUCGGUCUCUCUAUCUGCAAGGAUGAAGGGCUGUAGUGUUAGCUAAGCUUGCACAUGUAAGACCUUCAGCAUUUUUGUCAUGGACAUCUCCUGCGAGCGACCGAUUACUGACGUCGAGCCUGUGUAUAGAACGGAAGCUGUGAGAUUUUGGGGGGCUAUUACUUAGAAGCUGUUGAACUCUGAAAGAUGCCACGCUACGUAGCGUGUGACGAGUAGCGAAAAUGGGCAGAUCUGUGAGGCUUCUUCUGUGGGUUAUUUCUCUUACCUGCACGCUGUAACAUAUUAUGUAACAUCUCACAAUAUCAUUUAAGACUUCUUCUCCCAUCCGAAGAGAUUACUUUUAAUUGCAUAAUGUCAUCAAAAAUAUGUCUUUUUAGAACGCACUGAACAUUUCGCUGGCCGUCCUCUGAAGUGAGGAGUAAUAAGUUCGAAAGUCUUCUGCAGAGCGAGAAUGAUUGUAAAAAUUAUUUGUAUAGGAUGACAAGAGCACAAUAGCAAUAGGAUUGCGUCCAUCCGGAAUGUCAUAUAUAUAUAUAUAUAUAUAUAUAUAUAUAUAUAUAUAUAUAUAUAUAUCAGCGUGUGUUCUUCUCGCGGGGUCUUCAAAAUGAUUGCCAAGUCGUAGAAAAUCAGAACUAAGUGCUCUUCUUAGCGUGACUAAGCCUAGUGGACUGCACGAAUGGAAACGCAGGGGCUUAAGAUAUUGAUUUCAAAAUGCGGGCCUGAAGAUCGUAAGCAAUUAUAAUGCGUAAGCAUUCUUUGGCGAGUACCCCAGCAAAAUCUGUCCAUAACGCGCAAAGUGUCACAGCCUUUAGCUGCAAAAUAAAUGUAUAAAUGGCGAAUUUAAGACAUUUACUUGUUAUAAUAGUGUAAAUACAGAUGAUUGGUAGCUUUAGAAUCGAUAAGGAACGAAUGUAACAUUCAAAAAAGAAAAAGGAGAUAACCGUUUUCGUCCUGCACCCUUGAAACCUUACUUUCCUGCAUGGUUGGGGUGCGUGCAAAGCUUUGGGAUUGCGGUGUAUAAAAAAUGAUAGAAUAGCUGAUUGGUAGAGGUGAUAAUAGUGUAAUAGUCGAUGAUUGUUAGCCCUAAAAAUUGUUUACGUCGCCGUCGCCACGUCAAGGUUGUACAAAACAGGAAAAAGAAAAAAAAAACCCACUGGUGUGGCAAAAACAAAAACUGGUUGUGAUGGCGUUUUGGCUCAGUUGAUACAUAUACCUGCGAAAAAAAAACAAGCAUAGUUGGUCAAGUUAACACAUGUGAUCGUUAUGUCAGUGUAAUAGUAGAUGAUUGGUAGCCAUGCAUAAGCUAGCUAAAGUGAGCAAAAGCGAAAUAGUAGCCGAGCCAAAGAAUGUUUAUGCAUUAGUAGACAAUUGUCAGAUUUCUGUAGCAUUUUUUACAUCUUUGUGACAUUGUUUCCGUAUCUCUUUGGUUAGUACUUUAAUUUUAUUUUUAUUUGUGUUUCGAAGUAAUUUUGUCUGAACUAGGCUAACUUGGCGUUUUUAUUUGGUAUGAUAUGAGUGCCGGUAAGAAGAUGGGCAUGUUCUGUCUUAGUCUUGUGAUUUCAUUUGAGCAUUUGGCUGGCAACAUUAUUCAUCUUCGCACUCCAUGGUUGGUUAGAACGUGCUCUCACGCAACUACCAGAAAUAACACGUUCGAGCUAGCCAUAUACAGGCACCUUGCUUUUCGUGGAUUUGUUUUUCUAUGUUUGUCCACAAGCGGGGUCCAUACUCUGGCGUAAAAGACGCAUGUUACCUUCAAAGCUGCUUUUUUAACUAGUAUGAUUUCUUCUCAGACACCAAUAAACAUGUGAUCUGCUGCCCUUGUUUUUGUGCCAUAAAGCUGUUAGAACGUACGUUUUGUAUACUUGUAUAGAUCUGCUACUAUUGUUUGUUUGUUUUUUGCUUAUAUGAUAGAGAAUAGCUACGAGUGAAUGCCAGUAUGCGACCAUCACUUGCCCUCAUGUACCUGCAUCUGAAGAGAAGCUCUGCGAUGAGUCAACGAAAAUGUGUGCUAUGUGCAGUGCAACCAACAUGCAAGCGGGAAAAGUUUCUCCAUUGCACACUCUUUGGACUCGAUGUUAUCGAUAUCGGUGUUAGAAAUCGACAUGGAUUAUGAAGUACUUUUGUGAGGAUGCAUUAAGAAAUAAACACCACAACUCGUGCUUGCUCUUCAAUCGUUCUGGUUCGGUAAAUAAAAAUAGGAAAGCUGCGAAUGCGAUAGCUACAGAGUGAAGCGCAUCGUACGUUUACUUCACGUAAUUCUUUAGCGUGCUUCUAAUGACGAUGCUUUCCCCGACCUCCCAUAUCGUUACUGGAAUUAUCUUGAGCCCCCAGACGAUGAAAUGUCCUCGUAUGUUCACCAACGAAAGAGCCAAAAGGAUGAUUUCGAAACAUUUCCUUUACCAAAGAUAUCUUUACGGCGGAAUUUGAGCCGUGAGUAGGACAGGAUGACUUCAGUAGUCGUCCGCCGAACUUUGAAGGCUGUGAAAAUACCAAGACUUUAGCACGAAACUUGAGCUAUAAAAGGUGACUGGAAAGCCUGUGCUACCGUCUGGUAAACGUUGCUUCGUGACUGUUUCCUUCCCACGGUCUCCGACAUUGGGAAGUGUGCGUCCCGGACGCCAUACCCAACUCGUGGGUACUCAGGCUGUCGGCGCGUAGGGAAAUCUCAGAGGUCAUUCCUCUGCGAUUGGCGGAGGAGCUCAUCUCGAACAUGACAAUUAUUGCAACCUCCACAGUAGAAGUGAUGAGUGUGUUUUUCUGUAACGCUGUUGUCAAAGUUGGCUUUAAUGGGAAAGUUUGAUGUAAUACAGACGUCUUCCCUCUGUGCGUAAUACUAAACUCUGCUGCGCAAAGCACUCGACAUGGUGUAAAUUCAAAUAUGGAAAGAAGUAUUUGCAUGGCAACCAGAGUUUGGUUCCAUAUUCGGUGAAGCAUGUGAUAAGCUACACGAUCUUCAGCUAUGUAUGUACUGCAAUGCUUAACUGUAAAGAAACAAGAAUCUCAGUUUUUGCACUAUAUCGAUUCAGCAGUGGCCACUAAAAGCUUUGUUCGAUUUCGGUGAAAGCACUGCUUUAUUUCUGUGUAUGGAGCGACUGUGCGUUUAACGCCUACGUGUGAUGCUUGAGGUCAAUGUUGUGUGAAUGACCGGCAAUGUUAAAUUUGUCCUUCGCUAGGCAGCCUAUAUAUAGUAUAUGUAGCAUAUAGUGAGUUCCGUAAUUACCCUAUUUACUCAAUGAUGUACUCUCCAACCAAAACCGCAUUGUUGUUCACCUCCACUGAAAUUUUCUGCAUGGCUGAUACAUAAAUUCGCUUAAUUCGCUGCGUGGAAUCGAUGCUUCAAGAACUCAAGUGAAUGGCUCAGUUUCAUGCGCACCAUUCUCAUCUUAAUUUGAAGUAAACCAAAGCAGAUGUUUUCUCUGCCCGAAGUUUGAAAAGAUGCCCCACUUUUCUCAGAUGGGUGUUGCUGGUUUAUUUCUUUUUUUUUUCUUGCUGCUUCGGCAUCUUUCUGUCGCGAGACAUCCCGCGCUUGAAGUUAUUGGCAAUGCAAGGCAAAUACAAGCAUUCAUUGAUGCGAUAGGAUUGUGUAAAACCGGUUUUAGUGAGCGUUUCUUAUUACCGAAUAAGUGCUGUAAGAUAGACUUGUGUACGUACGUGUGCUUGAACAUAAUUGUUUAUAGGAAUGAGUGACCUUUGUUUGCUCCUUUUUCUUCGCUUUGCAGUUUUUUAUUGCUUCAUCUCUAUACAUUACGCGUGUCACACGUGUUGUCCAUAUGUACUGAACUUCCCUAUUUGAUCAGAAGUGUAAUCAAAGUGUGCUGUCACGAAGCCGAAGCACAUAUUAGUGCGAUCGGGUACUUUCGCGGCUGUGGGGUAGUUCAGAGUAAAAAAAAAAAAAACUACACCCAACAAGUUUUGACACAAGGUGUCGGGGUUUCUUUAGCGCUCGUAGUCAGAUUAAAAAUUAUUGCUGCUUGUUUCUGUGAACGUAAAAAAACACAUAAAAAAUCAUUCCUUCCUACCUCUUUCGUAUCUAUGGAAUGUUUAAAGAUUGUAAAUCUCGGCUACACUCAAAGAGCUUGUGUUUUAUUCAUUAGAUAGCAUUAUCACUAUGCCUGGUGUUCUUUUUUUUUUAAAUGUAACAAAUGUUGGCUGUACGGUAUAGCACAUUGAGUGCAGUCCUUCAACACUCUAAGUGCUCUGUUUCACGUUAUUUUCCACCUCAAUUCAGCGUAAUUAACUGCAGUUAUAUAUCCUGUUUAUCAAAAUGGAUACGAGGCGCCUGAGAAUUGACUCAAACCCCUGCGUUUUGCAGUACAGCUAUGCAUGUACGCCACCAAGGUGUAAUUAAAGGCUAUACGUAGUGUGUACGAAGUUACUCAGCGUUAAUCCCCCCCCCCCCCCCCCUCUGAAACAAAUGCCCUAAUGUGGCUUCCCCCACGCGCUCCCUGAUUCUGGUGGGAGUUUGGCAUUCGUGAUCUUGCACGUUGACGUGGUGUACAUACUUAUCUAGUUCAGCGGUUAUACACAGCCAGCUAUUUCUUCACCUCACCAGCACACCGACUUCUCGGCUACGGUCGAAAAUUGUGUACAUUCUUUUCUAGGCUCCACAAAAUGUUGUACUCUUUUUGGAGCACUUUCGCGUCUCUACCAGUAGUGACUUCUUUCCAAUUUCCUAUUUGUGUGCAAGAGCUGGCUGAAUACUUUGACUGUAUGCAUGCGCGUUUCCAGAAACAACUAUGAAAUCCCAAAUAAAAACUAUGAAA